AUGCGUCAACGCGUCGCCUCCGCCCCGCCCGCGCUCGCGGUGACGGGUAAGGGUGUAUCGGAGAGCGCAACGCAGAGCCGGUUCGCCAAAGUCUCGCAAACUGCGGCUGCUGGCUCUGCUGCUGAAGAGAAGUUCACAGAGGCGCACAAGCGACCACUGCUGGCAAAGAAGGGCGUGCCGAACGGUCGGAGUUCAGGUCAGCAGGGACGGGCGCCGGUGCGCGAGAGUAAGAGCAUCACCACAACGGUGACAACGGUCGGUUUGUGCCAUGGUGCGGAACGCCAACACGCUCUACAUUCUCUGCAACCGUCGCCUAGCACGGCCCUAGAGGUGUCGCUCGUGCAAAAUCUAAAGAAACAGAUUGCAUGUCUCGAGGCACAGUUGCACGUGAUGAAGCAGCAGCAGGACACUAUGACCCGCACGCAUCGUCACUCCAAUGCAAGUAACCAUGUAGAGUCAGCAAGGGCAGCUGACACUGCGGCGGCGGCUCGCCUCAUUAGCGUCGAGCUGACCCUGCCGCAUGCAGAGCGUAUUCGCCACACGGACGCAGUAGCGCCCUCCGUGAACACCACCGAGUCCGACGACGUAGCUGUAGCGCGCAUGCGUGAAAUCCCUGCGGCGUAUCAGACGGAGCGCAGCGUCCUCCUCCACAAUCUCGAAUCGCUCACAAAGGAUGUGGAAGGUCUGCAAAGUCUCGUCUUGCAUCUCGGGCGGGAGCGGGACUUGAUGGCGGCUGAGGUGGUCGAUUUCCGCGCUGCGCUGCGCGAGACGAAGGUCGAGAAUGAAAGCAUGGCCGCUGAGUGCGCCGCGACACACCGACUGUUGGAGAAGGAGCAGGCUCUGCGGCGCGUCGCUGAGGAGAGUGUGAGGCAGUGCACGACGGCAGCCUCGUCGCACAGAAGCAGCCUGACCGUAGCGGACGCCUACAGCCAGCGUGACUACUACAAGCUUCAAGCAGAGCGGACGGCGGAGGCGCUGACGCUGGCAAAGGCAAAAACACAUGCGCUGUCGGAUGCACUUCAGCGAGAGUACGACGCAGCGAAGACACUGGAGGUGCAGUUGUGCGGCGCGCUGGAUCGCAUCUCUCAGAUGAAGCGCCGCGAGGAUGAGUUGGCUCGCUACUACCAACAGCUGAGCGGCCGGUUUGUGACCGUCUCCGCCACGCUGCGCCACGUGCUGGAUGUUGCACCCAAGGGAAUUCUGAAACAGCAGCGUGUGCCGUCUCCUGAGCGUGCGCCUGCCGGGCAACCACAAGCGGCUGACAUGACGAUGGACGAACUGCGUGACACGCUUGACGCGUGGCACCGCGAGGCCGCAGUGGAGGCGGCCAAGGCACAGCAAAGAACCGAGACAAUCACCGGCGACGCCCUGGCACUGCUUGAGAUGGCCACGGAGACGAUGACCACAGUGACCAGUGGCUUGGGUAACGGGUUGCCGGCAAACGGCGACGAGGCUGCAGCGACGGCGCCGACUCGGUGCGCCGCGGCGAGAGCGAUGGUGGGGUCGGAGGAGUCGGCGACAGACGACGAUGCGCUGCCCGUCGCGCAACCUUUCGAGGAGCUUCCGCGGUCUUCGUCGUGGGAGGCUGUGACGCCAGUGACACAUCUGUUACCCGCAGUGCCGACGCCCACCGCGGGCGCUGGUAAUGCUGCGCCGUCGACCUGCAGUGACGAGAAGGGCUUCAAGGGACUUGUGGUUGACGCGGCAUUGCCAGUACAGCUGUACGAGGUUAGCGACGCAGCAGCCAUGCCGCUGCCGCCGUCAGCGGCACCACAGAAAAUACUGGCGACUCUCAAGACACCGAUGCUCAACCCCGCUGCCGUUGAUCACGCUGCGGAGGUACGCGAGGUAGCACAGUCACCUUCGGACGAAAAGAGCAUCACGGAGCACGUUGCGUUUGAUUCUGCUGCGCCACUCACAAGCGAGCAGACGGCGGAGAUGACGGCCGAGAAAUCUGCGGCAGCGGGCACCGCGGUGGGCACUGUCGUUGGCAUCGCUGUAGGCGCCCCCUCGUUUUCUGGCGACGCGCUCGCGGUACCACCUGCAGCGCACGUAGCCAGCAACCCUGGCUCUGUUCCGGUGAUCUCCUCCACGCCUCCUCCACAGGGCAGCGAGGACACACGACCUUCCCAUCCGCGUCCCCCUCUUACCUCCACGGCUACAGCAGCGCCAGCGGAGCCGCCGGCCCCGACGCCAGAGGGAGAUGCUGGGAAUGAGAAGGGUGUGCUGUCGCCGCCGCCCGUCUCUGCGGUUCCACAUCCGCUCCCCCCCAACCUCGUCCCUGUUCCGCUUCCGUCCGCACCGCUUCCCCUACCGCCAGGUGCCGUGCCGGUUAGUGUUCCGCCGGCCCCUCCGGUGCCGCCGUCCUUGGAGCAGCAACUGCAGCUGCUAAAUGCGCGCAUCGACGCGCAAGAGGCGGCGCUGACGGAGAUGGUGCGGUCGCGUGGGGGGCUUGUGAGGUCUACAGACACUCAACCAAGCAAUAGCGGUGCGUGGUGCGGGGAAGAUGGGAAAUGCUGA